UUGAUCGUUUACGACGUCAUUUUUGACACACUUUUUUCUUAUUUAGCUAUCGGUUUCAAUGUAGAGCAAAUAGUGUACAAAAAUCUCAAGUUUCAAGUGUGGGAUCUCGGAGGGCAAACAAGUAUAAGGCCUUAUUGGCGUUGCUAUUAUUCGAAUACCGAUGCUGUCAUUUACGUAGUGGAUUCCGCUGAUCGUGAUCGCAUAGGAAUAUCGAAACAGGAGUUGGUUUCAAUGCUGGAAGAGGAAGAAAUCAAGAACGCUAUUCUCGUUGUCUUAGCCAAUAAACAAGAUAUUCCGGGGUGUUUGUCUGUGACGGAGGUGCACAGCGCCCUUGGAUUAGAAGCUUUGAAGAACAGAAUAUUCCAGAUUUUUAAAACUUCUGCAGUUAAAGGCGAAGGCCUUGAGGAAGCUAUGGACUGGUAA